UUACCACACACAGACACACAAACACACAGACACACAAACACACAGAGCUAAUUUUAGAAAAGCCACAGAAUUGAGGAAACGAGACUUUAGCGCAAGUUACAAGAGAAGUUCCCGAGAACAUCACAGAAUUGGAUCUGCUCAGAGAAUGAGAUGAAGGUUCUGGACGUUCGCACUGUAACAUGGGCCCUUGUGAUGGUUCUGUUCAGUCUCAGAGGAAUCAGAAGUCUCACUGGCCCAGCCAGUCCUGUUACAGCCCAUUCCGGGGAGUCGCUGACAGUCAGCUGCACCUACAAUAGCGGAUUUGAGACCCAUAGAAAAUACUGGUGUAGAGGGGGAAACUGGAAGAACUGUAAUGUUGUCAUUAAAACAUCCGGAAGAGACGGAGAGACCACAAGUGGAAGGUUCUCCAUCAGAGAUGUACAGAGUCAACGCACCUUCUCCGUCACCAUCACAGCUGUGACCCGAGAAGAUGAAGACACGUAUUUCUGUGGAGUGGAACGUUUCUUGGUGGAUGAUAUGUAUGUAAUUAAAGUGACAGUGCUUCCAGGUAAAGUUCACAUGGGAUUGGAGCACAGAGAUGUCACAUUAACAGCCCAUUGUGACUCCAAAUGCUCCAAAACUGAGGCAGUUACAUUCUGUCUAGAAAAGAUUUUGCUCAACCCACUGAUUUUCAAACUGUACCAACAAUUGUAUCUUCGCCCUUCUGUACUCAUACUCUAUGGUACCUCACCCUUCUCUACUCUUACUCUAUGGUACCUCACCCUUCUCUACUCUUACUCUAUGGUACCUCACCCUUCUCUACUCUUACUCUAUGGUACCUCACCCUUCUCUACUCUUACUCUAUGGUACCUCACCCUUCUCUACUCUUACUCUAUGGUACUUCACCCUUCUCUACUCUUACUCUAUGGUACCUCACCCUUCUCUACUCUUACUCUAUGGUACCUCACCCUUCUCUACUCUUACUCUAUGGUACCUCACCCUUCUCUACUCUUACUCUAUGGUACCUCACCCUUCUCUACUCUUACUCUAUGGUACCUCACCCUUCUCUACUCUUACUCUAUGGUACCUCACCCUUCUCUACUCUUACUCUAUGGUACCUCACCCUUCUCUACUCUUACUUUAUGGUACCUCACCCUUCUCUACUCUUACUCUAUGGUACCUCACCCUUCUCUACUCUUACUCUAUGGUACCUCACCCUUCUCUACUCUUACUCUAUGGUACCUCACCCUUCUCUACUCUUACUCUAUGGUACCUCACCCUUCUCUACCGUGUAAAGAAAGUUCUUCAAAUGCUUUAUUACUGUUAACCCUGUCAAUGGCUUCAGAUAGUGCAGGAGUAUUAGUGGUUUUCCAUUUGCUAGCUAUAGCCAAUCUUGAAGCUGUCACAACCUGAUUGGCUAAGGAUUGGGAUUGUUUGGAGAGCUCAGGAAACUGUCUACUCAUCAGAAAUGUAAGCAGAUUUUUUUUUAAUGGGUAAAUUAUUAAUUUCGCUAGCAGUUGAGCUAUUUCAUCCCAAAAGUUCUGU